AUGUUUAACUGGAUUAUUGUCAGUUAUCUAUUGAUUGUACAAUGGGUACACGCCAAUGAUCUUGGCUUUUCAUUAUUUGACAAACGAGCAUUAAGUUCACAGAACCCAUUUGGCUAUCCUAUUGGAUGCUCCCCUCAAAGCACUAAUGUUAUUCCUGGCUUAACUAUGGAACUUUACUCUUACCCAAUUGUCAGUGGUACUCCCCCCAACUGUUAUGAUGCUUCUUACGUUGACCCUGAAUAUCCUCGUACUGGCUACCUAAAGAGAAAAAUGAUUGGUAAAUCUACUGGAGUUACUGGCAGUUUGAACUACAAAUUUAGCGUUGAGAAAGCUUGUAUGGUCAAAUAUGGAAAUUUGCCAGCAGGUUACAAUUACAAUGAACCAUUGACAGUUUCUAACUUCACUAUGUUGCUGUAUGGAUAUUUUAAACCUCAAACAUCGGGUAUCCACACGUUCUUUGUUAAUGCUGACGAUUUAUUGUACAUUAAUUUUGGUGCAGGAAAUGCCUUUGACUGUUGCAAGAGAGAAGAUAGUAAAUUUAAACUUGGCGAGUACGUUGCUUACGAUAUCUGGCAUGUUGACAGCUCCAAGAACAAAGUAAGCUUGAAUUUGGAGAAGGAUGUCUAUUAUCCAAUUAGGAUGUUUUUCAAUAACAUUGGUAAGGAUUCUUCAUUGGAUCUUUCCUUUAGUGUUAAUGGUGCUGUUGAACAUAUUACUGAUUUUUCUGGAUAUCUCUAUUCCGUUCCGGAUCAGCCUGAUGCUUGUCCUGCUCCUAUUGGCUAUGAUACUACAUGCAAGAGCAUCGAUUCAACAACAACAUACAGUACACAAUUCAUUACUACUAAACCUGAGGAAAACGUUCUUCCUAUUACUAGUACGAUUUACUAUAUUGCAACGCCAUGUGCAAAGACUCCAUCCCCAGUGCCAAAUUGCGAGGGAGGGUUUCUUGACCCACUGAAGAAUACGUGCUACUAUCCAAAACCUGAGGAUCCAAAACCUGAAGAUCCAAAACCUGAAGAUCCAAAACCUGAGGACCCAAAACCUGAGGACCCAAAACCUGAAGAUCCAAAACCUGAGGAUCCAAAACCUGAGGAUCCAAAACCUGAAGAUCCAAAACCUGAAGAUCCAAAACCUGAGGACCCAAAACCUGAGGACCCAAAACCUGAGAAACCUAUAGACCCAAAACCAGAAGAACCAUCACACAACCCUUCUUCAGUCAACCCAUCCUCCGUCAACCCAUCAAGCAAACCGGUUGAUCCUUCUCCAGCUGACCCAUCACACAAUCCAUCUUCAGUUAACCCAUCUUCCGUCAACCCAUCUUCCGUCAACCCAUCCUCCGUCAACCCAUCAAGCAAACCGGUUGAUCCUUCUCCAGCUGACCCAUCACACAACCCAUCUUCAGUUAACCCAUCUUCCGUCAACCCAUCUUCCGUCAACCCAUCCUCCGUCAACCCAUCAAGCAAACCGGUUGAUCCUUCUCCAGCUGACCCAUCACACAACCCAUCUUCAGUUAACCCAUCUUCCGUCAACCCAUCUUCCGUCAACCCAUCCUCCGUCAACCCAUCCUCCGUCAACCCAUCCUCCGUCAACCCAUCAAGCAAACCGGUUGAUCCUUCUCCAGCUGACCCAUCACACAACCCAUCUUCAGUUAACCCAUCUUCGGUUAACCCAUCUUCCGUCAACCCAUCCUCCGUCAACCCAUCAAGCAAACCGGUUGAUCCUUCUCCAGCUGACCCAUCACAUAACCCAUCUUCAGUUAACCCAUCUUCCGUCAACCCAUCCUCCGUCAACCCAUCCUCCGUCAACCCAUCCUCUGUCAACCCAUCAAGCAAACCGGUUGAUCCUUCUCCAGCUGACCCAUCACACAACCCAUCUUCAGUUAACCCAUCUUCGGUUAACCCAUCUUCCGUCAACCCAUCCUCCGUCAACCCAUCAAGCAAACCGGUUGAUCCUUCUCCAGCUGACCCAUCACACAACCCAUCUUCAGUUAACCCAUCUUCGGUUAACCCAUCUUCCGUCAACCCAUCCUCCGUCAACCCAUCAAGCAAACCGGUUGAUCCUUCUCCAGCUGACCCAUCACAUAACCCAUCUUCAGUUAACCCAUCUUCCGUCAACCCAUCCUCCGUCAACCCAUCCUCCGUCAACCCAUCCUCUGUCAACCCAUCAAGCAAACCGGUUGAUCCUUCUCCAGCUGACCCAUCACACAACCCAUCUUCAGUUAACCCAUCUUCGGUUAACCCAUCUUCCGUCAACCCAUCCUCCGUCAACCCAUCAAGCAAACCGGUUGAUCCUUCUCCAGCUGACCCAUCACACAACCCAUCUUCAGUUAACCCAUCUUCAGUCAACCCAUCCUCCGUCAACCCAUCUCCUAGCAUUUUCAGUCCUUCAGUUUCAACUAAAACAGUUACAUUAUCCAACGGUAGUACAACAACUGUAACAGUUACUGUAACCCCACCUUCUCCAAAUGGCGGUAGUUCAAACAGCAACACCGACUCCUUCUCACUGCCUCCACCAUACACCACAACCGUCUCCAAGAGCACCACCACAGAAACAGACAUCGUCUCCUUCUUCCCAUCCACCGACUCCGACGGCCACACCCGCACAGGCACCACCACCAUCACCCUGACUGGCAGCAAGCCCGGCAACAACGGCGACUCCGACUCCUUCUCACUGCCUCCACCAUACACCACAACCGUCUCCAAGAGCACCACCACAGAAACAGACAUCGUCUCCUUCUUCCCAUCCACCGACUCCGACGGCCACACCCGCACAGGCACCACCACCAUCACCCUGACUGGCAGCAAGCCCGGCAACAACGGCGACUCCGACUCCUUCUCACUGCCUCCACCAUACACCACAACCGUCUCCAAGAGCACCACCACAGAAACAGACAUCGUCUCCUUCUUCCCAUCCACCGACUCCGACGGCCACACCCGCACAGGCACCACCACCAUCACCCUGACUGGCAGCAAGCCCGGCAACAACGGCGACUCCGACUCCUUCUCACUGCCUCCACCAUACACCACAACCGUCUCCAAGAGCACCACCACAGAAACAGACAUCGUCUCCUUCUUCCCAUCCACCGACUCCGACGGCCACACCCGCACAGGCACCACCACCAUCACCCUGACUGGCAGCAAGCCCGGCAACAACGGCGACUCCGACUCCUUCUCACUGCCUCCACCAUACACCACAACCGUCUCCAAGAGCACCACCACAGAAACAGACAUCGUCUCCUUCUUCCCAUCCACCGACUCCGACGGCCACACCCGCACCGGCACCACCACCAUCACUCUGACUGGCAGCAAGCCCGGCAACAACGGCAAUGUUGGUACUUCCAGUGUCCCACCAGUUGGUAAUAUAGUGAUCACACCUUCAGUCUCGACAAGAACUGUUACUUUCACAAAUGGAAUAAUAUCAACCAUUACUACCACCAUUAGACCACCAUCUCCAAAUGGUGGUGGUUCUGGCAACAACGGCAACCCACCAUCUCCAAACGGCGGUGGUUCUGGCAACAACGGCAACCCACCAUCUCCAAACGGCGGUGGUUCUGGCAACAACGGCAACCCACCAUCUCCAAACGGCGGUGGUUCUGGCAACAACGGCAACCCACCAUCUCCAAACGGCGGUGGUUCUGGCAACAACGGCAACCCACCAUCUCCAAACGGCGGUGGUUCUGGCAACAACGGCAACCCACCAUCUCCAAACGGCGGUGGUUCUGGCAACAACGGCAACCCACCAUCUCCAAACGGCGGUGGUUCUGGCAACAACGGCAACCCACCAUCUCCAAACGGCGGUGGUUCUGGCAACAACGGCAACCCACCAUCUCCAAACGGCGGUGGUUCUGGCAACAACGGCAACCCACCAUCUCCAAACGGCGGUGGUUCUGGCAACAACGGCAACCCACCAUCUCCAAACGGCGGUGGUUCUGGCAACAACGGCAACCCACCAUCUCCAAACGGCGGUGGUUCUGGCAACAACGGCAACCCACCAUCUCCAAACGGCGGUGGUUCUGGCAACAACGGCAACCCACCAUCUCCAAACGGCGGUGGUUCUGGCAACAACGGCAACACACCAUCCCCAAACGGCGGUGGUUCUGGCAACAACGGCAACACACCAUCUCCAAACGGCGCUAAUUCCCCUAGAUUGUCCACUUCGGUUGCAGUUAAUCAGCCAACAUUAUCGACAUUCAAGGGUGAAGGUUCUCAGGCAGUUAAAAUGAUGCCAACAAAACUGUUGUUAUUGGUUCUUAUUGCACCUAUUUUCUUGUAA